GUUGUUCAUUUUAAAUUGUUUGUUGACUGUAUUUUCAUAAACAAGCUCGUUUUAUUUCAAUUUAAACAAUAACUGGUGAAUUUAGUAAAAUGAUCAAAACAGAACCUUGGACUGGAGGUACCAACGAAGAGUAUGAAACACAACAUUUCGGUUUCGGCGCUCAACGCUUUAAGAUUGCAGUGCGUCAAAUGGUCGAGCAGAAAAUACAGUCUUGUAUUAAAGAAAUGGAGUUAUUUCUUCAAAAAUCCGUGAAAGUUACCGAUGAAGACAACCUUGCAAUAACAAACGCUUGUAAGAAACUCGUGCGUAUGUACUGCAAUAGGGCUGGACCCUCUCUUGCUAAAAUAGACGAAGAAAUAGCGCUUAUGUUGCAAGUGCCUCAUAACGUCUUGUUACCUGAAGAUGAAGUGCAGCUGGAGCAGAUAACCGAUGAGGAAUAUGACAAGCUUCAGGAGGAGGUGGUUGGUUUACGAAGAAGGGUUGAACAAAGUACCCUUAUGGCGGCAUUACUGACGGCAGAGAAUGAGGAACUCUCAUCCAUUGAUAAGGUAUGUGAAAUAGCCAAAAAAGAUAUGGAGGUGCUUGAUGUGUUGCAGAAGAAACUUGAUGGCAGUGGGAAUCUCAAGAAUCUUCUGAAUGAACUUCAGUUUCUUUGUGCUAGUUUGCCUUUUGAACAGGAUUUUGAUAAAGAUGUUAAAUUUGAUGAUUAGUUAUAAAGCCGUAAGAAAGUAGUUCUUCCAUUCAAGCAACAGUGUUUAACAAGUCUAAUUUGCUGAAUUUUAUGAAGUAGUUAUGACUUUGUAUAAAAGUAAGAAGUUGUUAACUAUAAUAUAUGUACCUGCAGCUUUG